AUUCACUGAACUAUUCGAAAGAGGUGAGCCAAACUGUCUGUGCAAAUACUUAGAAGCAGAAUGCCAAAAACCUGCUUUCCCAACCUUGUUCAGGUGGCAAUGGUUACAAUGCUUCUGAGCAUGGUCUUCGUUGAAGAAAUCAAUUCAGGAUUUACCGGAAGUACCCCAAGUUGUUAUUAUCAUCCUCCAUAUAACUGCCCGUCACCGAAAGAUGGCCAAAAGCGUCAACUUAGAAAGGUUGGUUUAUUUUCAACAAGUUUGUCUUUUGUUGUUGCUCGAGAUGAUAAUCUUGUAUCACCCAUCAUUUUGGUUUGUGUAGAUUCUGAAUUUUCAUAACGCAAUUUUUGCCCUUGGCUGUUAUCGCUUUGCUGUCCAACGCCUCGCAACGAUUGCUUGAUUUCCCACGCAUGUUAUGCAAUACUUUUUUUUCCCACGCUUAUUGCAGAGUGCUCUUUUCCCUGCGUUAGGGGCAGAAUGCCUCUUUUUCCGCGCUUAAUGCAAAGUGCUUUCCAGCAUUUGGCAUUGAUUGCUUGUUCCCGCUCCCGGUACACAGUGCUUCUCUUCCCACCUCUUAUAAAAUGCUUCUUUACCCGCGCUUGGUACUGAGAGAUUCUUUUCCCGCGCUUAGUUCAGAGUGAUUCUUUCCUUGCGCUUGAAAUCGAUAGCUUGUUUUCCCGCGCUUCGUAUCGAGCCCUUCCUUUCCCUUCAUUUCUACUGAGUUCUUCCGAUUUUUCCCGUGCUUCCUAUUGACUGCUUUUUUACGACCAGCAGUUUUUCCUCGUUUUAAGUCCCCACCGAUGCAAAGAGAUGAUUUAAUUUCUUUGCUUGUCAUUGGAUGACCAAUCCCUGUGAUGUAAUCUGAAUAUCAAUGUUGUCGUACGCCUUUCAGAUUGAGGACAUGUGCUUGACAAAGAAGAGAAGCCUCUGCCGAUCUGUUCAACUUUACUGCAACUUUGAACAAGAACUUGGCAACAAUUGAAUAAGAAUAUUCGAGAACCAACGCAGAAAUAAAAAGGCUAAGGAUUUGAACAAUGUUAAAUGAUAAAUUUAUGUCAGUACGCAAAAGGUCUU